GAAAACCGGCGUCAAUGUCCGUAGACCAGAGUUACGUCGAGCUUUGGUCUGUGACUGACCUUUGAGGAAGACGAUCACUUUCCUCUCACAAAUUCCUUCUUAAUUCUAAUCUCAUCUAAUGCCAUUGCUUCAUCUUCAUCUUCAUCUUCUUCAUCGACCCUUUCAAAUUCUUCUUCUAAUUUCUCCCUCAAAUCUCAAUCCAUGCCUUCUUCUUCUUCUACCUUCUCCCUAACUCUAUGCUUUUUCCUUUCCAUUUUCACCUUCAUUUCCCACUUCUCCCAUGUCUUCGGAUCUUUCACCUUCAAUAUCCACCACCUUUACUCCCCCGCUGUCCGUCAAAUCCUCCCCUUCCAUUCCUUUCCUGAUGAAGGCACUCUCGAUUACUACGCUGCCAUGGUCCGUACAGACCAUUUUGUUCAUUCUCGUCGUCUCGGUCAAGUUCAAGAUCACCCUCCACUCACUUUCUUAUCUGGAAAUGAAACCCUUCGAAUUAGCCCUCUUGGAUUCUUGUAUUAUGCGGAGGUUACUGUGGGAACACCAGGGGUUCCGUAUUUAGUGGCAUUGGAUACUGGCAGUGAUUUGUUCUGGUUGCCAUGCGAUUGUGUUAAUUGUAUAACUGGGCUCAAUACAACUCAAGGGCCAGUAAACUUUAACAUCUACAGCCCAAAUAAUUCCUCAACUAGCAAGGAGGUCCAAUGUAGUAGUUCAUUGUGUUCACACCCAGACCAAUGCUCGUUACCAAGUGACACGUGCCCUUAUCAGGUUUCAUACCUUUCUGAUAACACCUCUUCUACUGGCUACUUGGUAGAAGAUAUAUUGCACUUAACCACAAACGAUGUUCAAUCAAAACCAGUUAAUGCAACGAUUACUCUGGGGUGUGGUAAGGACCAGAGUGGUGCAUUUUUGAGCUCUGCAGCACCAAAUGGCUUAUUUGGAUUAGGUAUCGAGAAUGUUUCGGUUCCUAGCAUCUUGGCAAAUGCAGGACUCAUUUCAAAUUCCUUUUCCUUAUGUUUUGGACCUGCUAGAAUGGGAAGAAUUGAAUUUGGAGAUAAAGGUAGUCCAGACCAAAAUGAAACACCAUUCAACUUAGGACGAAGACAUCCUACUUAUAACGUCAGCAUAACUCAGAUAGCGGUGGGAGGACACAUUUCGAAUCUUGAUGUUGCUGUAAUCUUUGACUCUGGAACCUCAUUUACCUACCUGAACGACCCGGCCUAUUCACUUUUUGCUGACAAAUUUGAUUCUAUGGUUGAAGAAAAGCGGUAUACAAUGAAUUCAGACAUCCCUUUUGAAAACUGCUAUGAACUGAGCCCAGAUCAAACCACAUUCACAUACCCGGUGAUGAAUUUGACAAUGAAAGGUGGUGGACAUUUUGUCAUCAAUCAUCCAAUAGUUUUGCUAUCCGCCCAGUCAAAGCGUCUUUUCUGUCUUGCCAUUGCUAGAAGUGACAGCAUAAACAUCAUUGGACAGAACUUCAUGACUGGUUACCACAUAGUUUUUGACCGUGAAAAGAUGGUUUUGGGAUGGAAGGAAUCAAACUGUGAGUUCUCUGGCACUGGUUAUGAAGAUGAAAACACCAACAAUCUUCCAGUCGGGCCAAGCCCCACCCCUGCUGCCGCCCCGGGCACAACAACCAUCAAGCCACAAGCCAACAGCAACGUUAAUAACACUACUCAAACAAUAGAAAAGCCGAGACCUACAAAUAUUAGUUCAAAACUUCCAACCUCAGUCAUUCUCACAUUCUUAAUGCCUGUGGUUACAUUUUUGCUUUUUGUAUGAUCAAUUUUGUUCGUCCUAUAUUCUUAUAUUGUUUAAUAUUAAGUUUAUAGAUUGAUAGAUACUUUCAUAUAUAUAGAUGAAAUUGUUGUAAGUGGAAAUAUAGACAGAAUGGUUUGUAACAAUAAAUUUAUAGUGUGAAUUGAUCUUGCUACAUAA